GAAGAUUAGGUGAGAUUUACCUACCCAGCAGUCGUCAAGUGCUGUUCAUGCAAAGCUGGCGCAUAGCAACAGGUCAAUGAGCCUUACACACCACAUUAAUGUUUAUCAGAGACCUGCAAUAGAAGCUAAAUGGAAGAUAUUAUCUACAUGUGACCUCACUUUGGAUUCUCUUUUCAACAUACAGAUGAACCACUGAAAAACAGCCGAAUUAUGUGAGUGGAAAAAAACAUGACAGCGUACAUCCUACAGACGUUCUUUACAUGGACAUACAAGGGGAUUCUCUGCACAUGCCGGUUUCUAUGGAUCUGUCCAUACAAUGCAAUUAAAUUCUUACCAAGGGAAGCACACAUCAUAGAGGAGAAAAGCAGACAGGUGACACGACAUGUGGCUUAUGAAAGCAAGGUGACCGCAGCCAUCCCAGGCAGCCCCGACCGCGUUAACGCACUCCACAAACGAGUGACCAAAACCGAGAGAGAUAUCCUGUCCAUCAAGACCAGGAUCGCCUGCGAGAGAGCAUCAUGGGAGAAGAGAUUUUCAGAGCUGCAAAGGCAACAGGAGGAACUGCGUAAUCAGGUUUUCUCUGAGGAGGCUGAGAUACUGCUGAAGGUGGGGACUUGUGAGGAGCAGAGAGACAAUGGAGAUGAUUUGGACGAGCAGUCAAGUGGUUUCUGCCAACGCAGAAGAAGAUCCAAAGCGUCAUCAAGAAGUGGCAGCCAUUCGUGCAGUUUACCAGGGAGCCAGGGAUCCUUGUCAACCCCACAGAGCUCAAGAUCUUCUUCUUCCUUAUCUUCAGCCUCAAGUGUGCGAUCCUGGAAAACGUCUCCUGGCCCACAUCGGGUUUUUGUCCCCCACUCACCCAUGGACUUGCAACUGGGCCAUCGGGUUAGGAUCAUGCUGCCAUCUGGCCGGAUCAGCACAGGAACAGUUCGUUUCUUGGGGAACCUGCAGGGGGAGCCAGAGCUCUACCUUGGCGUGGAACUGCAGAGCCAUGAUGCAUCACUGUGUGACGGCAGUCAUAAUGGACAUACCUACUUUGAAUGCAAACCGGGACAUGGUGCCUUUGUGCCAUUCCACAAGUUGUUGAUGGCCUGGGAAUAAAAGAAUCCUGUGGAUCAGGCAGAACAUUAGGCACAAUAGUAAACUUGCUAUAUGAAGAAAAUUCAUGUCAUAAAUAUCUGACAUAAAUAUCUCUCUCAAAUUACCAAGUAUGUCUUAUACCCCAUGUAAGACAGCCAAUGUGUGACUUUUUGUGGACAGACAUGAAAUCAAUGAUUUUUUCAUGUAAAGCAACUUUUUUUUUAAUUUUUUUAUUUAUUUAAAGAAUUAAGGUUUCAAGGCAAUAUGUACAGUAUCCCCUAAGGUUCAAAGGGGAAUUUGAAAGGUUGAGAUAAAAUAAAAUGUCUAUACAACAAGUCAUUUUUUAUUUUUUCUACAGAUUGCUAUGUCUUAGAGAUUAGCUGCAAAGCAAGCAACAAAAUAAAAACAACUUUACCAAAAAGUAAUGUCAUGCUUAGAGUUUCUUAAUGACGAGGCCACACUAAACCUACAGAUGAAUAACGGCAUGUCUUUUAAACUACUUUGCAUCUGAAAAUAUUCUUUGUUGUGAAUAUUUGUCCAGGUAAAAGCAAAAACGAGUAAACAUAUUUAUUUGAAGAAAAGACAAUCACUGUAUUUUUAAAUGACCAAGUACUGCUUAUUUAUUUAUUUAUUCAGAUUGACUAUAUUAUGUAAGACACUGACACAUAUUGAGAAGUGUUAAGAAAUAAAGUCUCUUUGCAAGUGCUGCUGGAAAACUGCCUUAUAUUUUAUGACAGCUCAAAAUAUCAUAUUGUUGGUAAUUGAAUAUCUAGGUCGCAUUUUCUUUCUUCACAUCUUGCUUUGACUCUAAAUAAAGUACGUAAGAAA